UAUGUCUUCAUCGUGUUCGUUGUGGUGGUCACGGUUGGGAGAUAGUGAGUGUGCAACAGUAGAAUAGGACUUAUUGAGUAACGCGUCAUAGAAAGUGAGCGAAAGUGAUAGAGUGCUAUGAUAAAAUAGUACGAAUGGACAGUUGAAUCUCAUAAUUAAAAGUUUGUAAAAAGGUUUGUUCGCGAUAAAGUGUUGAAGAAGUGGAUCGUGAUUGGUGAAUCUUAGACGGCCAUAAUUGUGCGCCAUUCGGUUUCUGGUGCGGAUCCGCGCAGCGAAAGGGCAGAUGCCCUUACGCGGUUCGUGCUCCCAUUGGUGGAUACGCGCUGAUCUACCCGGAUCGACAUACUUGACAAGAUCCGGUAGUGUUUUUCGUAGCGCAUUUUCAAGCUCACUAAAUUUACAAAAUAUAAGAACGAGCGAUCAACCAUCUCUUGUGGGAGACAAGUCUUUUAGCAGUCAACUCGGUAGUCCGUGUGAUCUCUGUCUAGCAGCAACAGUAGCAAUCGCAGCGCCGUCAACAACACAACGUCAACGACAACGACGACAGUAGCGCCAUCAGCGCGACCGCCAUCGUAGCGAGAAGAAACAGUAUUCCUUUGAGGAGAGAAAGAAGAAAUGCCUGUAGGUUCGCGAUCGGUGACGCGACCAAAGAUGGAGGCCCUGUUCAGUUUGUAACACGGCAGCCAGGUCUCGUUUAAAGCGCACCAACGGAGCCACGAGCGCUCCUUGAGUCGGCUGCUUAAAGUCGCUUUUGCCCCGUGCUACUUUUCUUCGUGAGCCCUGUGAGGCUAGAGGAUGGAGCUACGUGUUGGAAAUAAGUACCGGCUCGGACGGAAAAUCGGGAGCGGCUCCUUCGGCGACAUUUAUCUAGGUACCAAUAUCUCCACCGGCGAAGAAGUCGCCAUCAAGCUAGAAUGUAUAAAAACGCGGCAUCCGCAGUUAUACCUAGAAUCAAAGUUCUACAAGUUGAUGCAAGGUGGUGUUGGUAUACCAACUGUAAAAUGGUGUGGCUCAGAAGGUGACUACAAUGUAAUGGUAAUGGAACUACUUGGUCCAUCACUGGAGGAUCUAUUUAAUUUCUGUUCAAGAAGAUUUUCUUUGAAAACAGUCUUGCUUCUCGCCGAUCAAUUGAUAAGUAGAACGGAUUAUACUCAUAGCCGCAAUUUUAUCCACCGGGACAUCAAACCAGAUAAUUUUUUGAUGGGCUUGGGAAAGAAGGGAAAUCUCGUAUAUAUUAUAGAUUUCGGUUUGGCGAAAAAAUACCGCGAUGGCCGUACUCACAAACACAUACCGUAUCGAGAAAACAAGAACUUAACAGGAACAGCCAGAUAUGCAAGUAUUAACACACAUCUGGGAAUUGAACAAUCACGACGAGAUGACCUUGAGUCUUUAGGGUAUGUUCUUAUGUACUUCAAUAGGGGUAGCUUACCCUGGCAAGGUUUGAAAGCGGCGACUAAAAGACAAAAGUACGAACGUAUUUCCGAAAAGAAAAUGUCUACACCUGUCGAAGAAUUAUGCAAGGGUUAUCCUGUAGAGUUCGCCUCAUACCUAAGGUAUUGUCGAUCUCUACGAUUCGAAGAAAGGCCAGACUACUCAUAUCUUCGACAACUCUUCCGGACACUGUUCCAUGGACAGGGCUUCACAUACGAUUAUGUCUUCGAUUGGAAUAUGCUGAAAUUCGGAAACGUGAGGCAACAAACAUUGUCUUCAACGCAACAAACACCGAUACAGUCGCAACACACGAACGCGGCGCUGCCUUCUGGGACCAAUAACGAUCAGGAACGUCGAUCUAGGCCCUACGCACGGCAGUGUUUAGCAAACAUAUCAGUGGGACCGGUGGCCCCGACUGUGGGUGGAACUACUCUUCGCGAUCAGGACAAUCAGGAGAGCGAUCUUCAAGCGUCGAGCGCAGGUGGCCAGGAACGAAGGGUCAGCAUGAGGUUGCACCGUAGGGAUGCAGCUGCAGGGGAGAUGCAACCGAAGACCAAUGAUCGCUCUAUGCACGCGCAGAGGAUCAACGAUUGUCCUUUUCUAUGGCGGGAGAUUUGAAAUUUCUACGAAUAAGAAUGAAACGGCUACCUA